AAAAAAGCUAUUGAGGAAGAAUAUAGCUUUAAACAGACGGGAGCUGUAUAAAACAGGUGGUGGGGUCCCUGAACCCACCAAAAAAAAGUUACAAACAGAACCAAAUGAGGAACCUCUCCUUUCGAUAGUAAAUGGAAAAAGCAUAAUGGUCUGUAUAAUCCUUUUGAUGUAGAUUCGUUAUUACAGACAUGAUUGAUUGCACCAGCAUCAACAAAAUUGAACAGUAUAGUACACUGUGAAGAUAACAGUUAUAUAGAGAUUGUUUAUGAAAGUGAUAGAGUGCCAGAAAUAAGUACUCAUACUACUGCAGAUAAGGUUAUGGUGGAGAUCUCAGAACAGCAAUCAAAUGAAGCAUCCUCAAGCAGCUACACAAACAUCAGAGAAUUGGUUCCUGGAAGCCAUCAGUUGGGUGCAGAAGAAAGAAAAAAUAACAGUUUUGCACUACAAAAUAAUGUAUUGGGAAAAUAUAAACCAACUGAUCUAAAAAAGAGUUGCAGCACAUCAUUGAAGCAAAUCCAUGGGUUGUUGAAUCAAACAUCUGUACCAAGUAGGAGCUCAAGAAGUCGUCCUGCAACAGUUGUAAAAACCCUCACUUCAUUUGAUAUAGCUGCCAAAUACAAUCAAUUAUUAGAUAUACGUUUAGAUUUAUGUAAGAUGACAAAACUUAAAUUGGAACAACAUGUGAACAAGAAAAACAACUAUGUCUCUUAGAUAUGCAAAUUCAAGUUGAGAAAGAGAAAUUAUCGAAAAUCUAAAAUUCAAUGUUCUAAGAUAUACUACUAUUCCUAUUAUGUUUUAAGGUAUUAAAUUACUGUUCCUAUUAGGUUUUAAAAUAUUAUAAUAUAUUAUAUACCUUAAUAAAUAUUUUCAAUUAUCCUCUGAUGGCCUGAUUCUUACCAUGUUAUCAUUUAACAUGUUUCGGUUGAACACUUUUAAUUUAUAUAGAAGAUAGUACCAGUGUAGCUUAAAAUCAUUAGUCUCAAGCAAAAAAUAAAAAAGCAAAG